AAAGAACGUUUUGAGUUGACGUUCAUUGAUCAUAAAUUUGAUUUUUUUAAUUAAUUUAUCUCAGAUUUCUGUAUUAAAUCAUUCAUCCGACUGAAAACAUGACGGUCUCAACAGUAAAAAUUUUACGCAGAAAUCCUAAAGGAUGUAAAGAUGAAGAGUUUAACAAUUGGCCCGAAGAACCUUUUGAUGAAAUGGAUUCAACAAUAGCCGUACAACAAUAUAUACAACAAAAGAUCCGAAAAGAUCCAUCAAAUAUUGAUGAAAUUCUUAACCCACCAAAAGGUCAAGAUCUGGGAACUUGGAAGUAUGAACACAUGCGACAAUUCUGUUUGGAAUUGAACAAAUUGACUGUAAAGUUACAAGCCGAAUGUAACCAGGAAAGUUGUUCCCAAAUGACAGCUACCGAACAAUGGAUUUUUCUUUGUGCUGCUCAUAAAGCUCCAAAAGAAUGUCCAGCUAUCGAUUAUACCCGUCAUACAUUGGACGGUGCUGCUGCAUUACUCAAUUCGAACAAAUAUUUUCCAUCCAGAGUUACCAUAAAGGAAGCAUCGGUUGCCAAAUUGGGUAGCGUUUGUCGUCGAGUGUAUCGAAUAUUUUCGCAUGCUUACUAUCAUCAUAAGACGAUUUAUGAUGAAUUUGAAAACGAAUCAUUCUUAUGCAAACGUUUCUCUGUGUUUUCCAUCAAAUAUGAUCUUAUGUCUAUCGAAAAUCUUAUUGUUCCAAUAGCUGGCAUGGAUUUUAAUGAUAUCAAAAAAGUCAAUUCGAUACCAGUCACUAUGUGUGAAACAGCACUCGUCAUGGAAAACCCGGUGGUGGUAACUACAGUUCCUCCAACAGUGGCCACUAAUAGUGACGGUAUCAUUGCUACAACAGUAUUACGUAGCUCUUCAGAUUCUUCGGAAGCUUAAAAUUGAUUUGCAGCAGCAACAAUCACCACCAUCACAUUGAUUUUAAAUUAUUGCAAAAUUCAUGUUUUUUAAAGUUUUAAUCAUUUAAUCUGAUAAUAUACAUUUAAAUUGAUUUACUUAAAAAAUUAUUAGAAAAAAUACAGUACAUAAUCAAAAUUAUACAAAAUAAAAAUUAAAUUAAAAU